UCACUCCAUUUAACUUGGUGACCAAGCGCCAUUUAAGUAGAAGAAGAAGACUGAAAAUGUCUAAACUUCAAUUGUUGCGUGCGUUUUUAAAUGAGCGUUUAACUGCGGCUGUUGUAGAGAUUUUUGGGGCUGUUGAGAAAACGGUAGCGGAGUACCAGGAGGAGAAUGAUCGUUUACGGGGUCUGCUGCAGAAAUCGCCGGAUAUACACCACUCCCUCAAGGUCACUCUCCUUGUCUCUGAAGGGGAGGUUACACCUGGUCUGCAGAAGCAGAGCCCCGGUCUGUGGCAGGAGGAUUCGGAGCCCGUCGUGAUUAAAGAGGAACAGGAGGAACCCAGGACCAGUCAGAAGGAGGAGGAGCUUGAGGGUCUGCAUGUUGAUAAUCUAGAGUUUAGAUUCCUUCCUUCUUGUGUGAAAAGUGAAUGUGGUCAGGAAGACCCACUUCAGUCAUUGACCAUCCCCCAAAUCCGGACUGAGGAGAACAGAGGGAGUGCCUUUCCAUCAGUGGACCACACCCCUUUUGACACUAGUACCCAUCUAGAGAGUCUUGCCAUUCCCUAUGACCCGCCAGAUCAUCUGAACAACGCCUUCAGUAACCGCUCCACCGUAAGCAGCGACCCAGUAAGACUUGACAGCCACCCACCAUUGGAUCCCAACCAACAUAUGGGGGAACACUGUUCCCAACCCAGCACCAUGUCGAAAACUCACCGCUGCCCUGACUGUGGUGAAACAUUCGCUCUGAAGGCUGACCUGCUAGGUCAUGUGACUCUCGCCAAGAAGAGACCAAGCGAAUGCUGCCUGACGCGUGUCAGACACUCUCCCAUUACAGAGUUACAUGUCACAUCCCAUGUUCGGCACGUGGAGAAACACUGCACUUGUCCCUUUUGUGGAAAGACCCUCAAAUACAAAGGAGACCUGUCCAGACAUAUGAGGAUUCACACAGGUGAGAAACCUUUUAGCUGUCGUGAAUGUGGGAAGAGCUUCAAUCAGAAGGGGCACCUAAUUGAACAUGUGCGUACUCACACAGGAGAGAAACCCUUUAGCUGCGGUGACUGUGGGAAAAGCUUCAUACAGAAGGGGGAUCUAAGGAGACAUAUGCUGACUCACACAGGAGAGAAGCCAUUUAGAUGUGCUUACUGUGGGAAGAGCUUCAUUCAGAAGAGGGACCUAAGGAGGCACAUACUGACUCACACAGGAGAGAAAUCAUUUAGCUGUGACGACUGUGGGAAAAGCUUCAAACGGAAGGGGAAAUUGAGCAUGCACAUACUGACUCACAGUGGAGAUAACCUCCACAAUGAAUGAAAAGCAUGGGUUCCUUCCUAGGUUAAAACCAUACUAGGGAGUUUUUCCUAGCCAGUGUGCAUCAGUAUCUUGUUUUUGCAUGCUCUUUGGCAUCUCUAGGUUGGGUAUAAGCUCUGUGUAAAAUAAAGUAACAUUUUAAAGUUAUGUUUGUACAAAAUUAUUAUACUAGUAUACAACAAUAUUGUAAUACAGUAUUUGUAGUAAAAUAAAUACUAAUACUGAGCUAUAUUUUAUGCAUACAUCCCUGUGUUCUAUACUCUAGUACCCACUUGCUAGGGUAAUGACAUGUUUUUCUCAAAUGUCUUAGGAGGUUGGAGAACAAUUCAUGGAUAGUUCUUUGGUAUCACUGGUCUUUGAUUAUGUACUGCCCUCUUCAGUUCUUUGCAUAAGGUUGAUUUUGAUGUCAUUGUUUGUUUUAUACCAGGACCUAAAUCCACACCUGACGUGUAGUGGCUGAUUUUCAAGCAAUGGGUCACAGACAGGCCACUUAAACAGUUGCAUAGAAAAUUCUAUGCAACCCACCAGAUAAUCAGAACAUUGACUCUGCUUAAGGUUGAUUUAAAAAUAAACUUUCAUGUAUUUUAAUUACUAAUUUCUUUCUGGAACGUGAUUAGGACUCAGAAAACCCAAAGAUGUAUCCUCUUUGUAAAUGAAGUGUGCUUGCGGGUCAGGUAAACUGGAGACAAUUUAAAGGAAUGUGUUAUUAAAGAGGCUUACCAAUUGUGAA